GACACAAAACGCAGUUUAGGGAAAUAAUAGAGAUGCCAUUAAUAAAGAGAUAUGACAGGAUGAGUCCCAACUGCAUCUCCAGAUCAGGUUCUAACCGAAACAAGAUGCACUUUACACACCAAGAAGGAGCAUUUUAGAGAAAGAAACAGGCAGGCAGACGUCCAUCUGUGAUUAUUUUGGGGGAACGAAGAUCACCCGCAAACUGACCAAACCAACACAAGCUCUGCGAGGGAGAGGACAGACGUGCACAGGUGCUGCUGGAAAAAGGCAUGUGAGAAGAAACAAGUAGAGAAACAGGCGAGUAAAGCAAACGAGAGGAGGAGAAAGCCAGUGGGGGGAGUGAGAUGAGGCGUAGGAGGAGACUCGACUGGCUGGAGAGGGGAAAAGAAGCCGGAGAGCAAUUCUGACACAGCUGUCCGGCAGGCGUCCCAGUCGCCAGACGUGCAGCCCUAUGACAGUGUCAGCAAACCUCAGGAGCACUUCAUUCAGGAGCUGCAGCCUUCACCAAAACACAACGACACCCCCUCCCUCAUCAGAGCAUCCCAGAAAAGAGCCCCUUUGCUGAACAUCUCCAUCUCUGGACUGAUGCAGGGAUUAUUUUCAGAGUCCUGUAUAAGCAUCCUGGUUCUGAGAAUGUAACUCCAUCUCCUCCCUUGGGGAACCGCAGCAUUCAGACCCUGCAGAAGCAUUUCUGAGCUUCCUGUCCUGCACAUUUGAGAAUCCUGCACAGGAACAGCAUGCCAGCAAAAGCACCCAUUUACCUGAAACCCACCAACAGUAAAAAGGGGAAAAAGUGUCGGCUGAGAGACAUUCUGUCCCCUGACAUGAUCAGCCCGCCGCUGGGAGACUUUCGCCACACCAUCCACAUCGGCAGAGGCGGAGAGAGAGAUGCCUUUGGAGACAUGUCCUUCCUUCAGGGGAAGUACGAGCUUCUACCAGGAAAGGGAAAUGCCAACCCACAGUUUGGCGUCCAAUCGGAGAUUCUGCGAGCAAACAGCACAGGUGACGCUUCCUUUGCUGAGACGCCCUCUCCCGUACUUAAAAAUGCCAUCUCACUCCCGACUAUCGGUGGCUGCCAGGCUCUCACCCUUCCUCUGAUCUCCUCCGCCAUUUUCCCAAUGCCCCCCAUGGAGGACAUCAUGGGACCUUCUUCUCUUUUGAAAGCUGAAGUAGUUGAGGAGGUUGAAAUCCUGCAGGUUGAUGCUCUGCUGCACUCCUUGGACGUCUUCGACAGCGAGCCUUCGUCUCCAUUUACAGACAUCCACUCGAAGCCUGACGUCCUCUUAGAUCUGCUGGAAAACGCGCACAAGUCCAAGGCUGUCGCCAAGGCCAACAAGUUAAACCAGAGUGAAAGAAGAUUCGAUCAGCCUUCGUCAUAUUUCAUCAACGGCCACACCAGCAGCUUCUGUAAGGCCAACGGAAGCGUGAACAGCAACACGAGCAGCGACAGCUACGACAGCUUCACCGGUAAAGGGGACUUCCAGAGUGAGCGCAGUAACGGCAGCCGGAGUUUCAACGGAGGCGGCACCCACAACGGUUACGGAUGCUUCAACGAUGACAUGUCCCCGAGCUUCAAAACAGAGCUCUCCAAGUGCAAUAAAGACUGGGUGGACAGGGACAGCGGGGUGGAAGAGGGACGCAUGAGUGACUUUGAGUUUGAGUUUUCCAAGGAAAAGAGUGCAUCUCAGGAUUCCCUCGCCCACAUCACGGGGUCAUUCCUCUCCCUGGAGCUGGAUCUUGGCCCAUCCAUCCUGGAUGAUGUGCUCAACAUAAUGGACAAAACCGCAGCGAAGAGCAGGCCUUAAGCUGCGCCGAGGCCUCCCGGACCAGAGAGGGAAUCAGUACAAUAAUAGCCAGGAGGGGGGAGAGACUCACAAGUAAUCAAAAUGGUGUCUGGAUAUAUCAUUGAGAUGAAUAUCAGCUGAUACAGACAAGGCUGCUUAUGUUUUUAUUCUUAAAACUUCUAACUGUUCUAGCUUCUGUGGAGUCUUCUUUUGGUUUGUCAUGCCUGCAGCAUGUUCAGGAUGCAUGAGCUUUAGUGUUACAGAUCAAUCACAGCCAUCGUGCCUUUCAUUUUUAAUUAGCUACAUGAUAGAUUGGUGCUCUUGUGUUGACCUCCACUGAAUAAACAACUUCACAGAC